AUGGUGGUGAAACUAAAGCUGGAAGAACUGAAGCUGGCAUCUGUAGUGUUCCAUCACCUUUGGACAAGGAGGAAUGGUCUAAUUUUUCAGGAUGUGUUUCAGUCUCCCAGUACAGUUACUACAAUGGCACAGGUUGAUCACGUAAUGUACAAGGAGGUGUUGACAAAGGAUUCAGAAAGAACAGCUAGAAGACAAACAAAUGAAUUUAGUCAGUCUUGGAAACCUCCUGCAUGGCCUUUUUAUAAAGUUAAUUUUGAUGUAGCCUUUGAUCAAGCUAGUGGAAGAAUGGGGAUAGGAGUGGUAAUAGGGGAUUCAGAAGGGGAACUAAUGGAAUGUUUGAUUGCACCAAAGAAGCAUGUCCCUUCUGUUUUCCAAGCAGAAAGCUAUGCUCUUCACAGAGUUAUGGAGUUAUGUAUUGAGUUAGGAUUGUCACAAGUGUGUUUUGAAGGGGAUGCAAAAGUUGUUAUAGAUGCUGUAAAUUCAAAGGAAGAAGACAGUUCAUGGUAUGGACAGAAGAUUGAAGAUCUUCAACAAAUUAUGGCAGGCUACCCCGAGUGGAAAAUUGUUUUUGUACAUAGAACUGCUAAUGUAAGUGCUCAUACAGCAACUAAGCUAGCAAUUAGAGUUUCUAGUGAAAAUGUAUGGCUGGAAGACGACCCUGUUGAAGUCAGAAGAUCCAUCAUGGAUGACUUAGUGUGCAAUGUACUAAAUCAAUCCUAG